AGUGUUUCAAUUCCCACCAACCAACACAAUGGAUCCAGCCCAAAACCCAGAGUUGUGCGUUGUGUAGCUGUAUCUCAAUGGGUGCGUGCCAAAUAUGUUGCAAUUUGCACCACACAUUGCUGCACCCAAGGACUGCUGCUCAGGUGCCAAGGCAAAGCCAAAGGUCACGCCCACGCGCUCGCAGAAGCCUUCCCAACCCUCCUCAACAGAGAGCUCAACGGCGGUUAGAUGACCUCCGUCAACGUCUGCAACAACAGCAGCAGGUUAUUCAACAGCAACAACAACAACUACAGCAGCAACAACGCCAACGACAACAACGGCAACUACAGCAACAAUCUCAGCGGCAGCCACAACGACGCCAACAACAUCAACCACAAACCAUAGCCGUUCCCCAGCCUGAGGCAACGCCAGCCUCAACCCAGGGGCUGGUCAACCAAAUCGUUUCGGCCCUCAGCCAACUCACAAGGUCGACAAUUGCACCAGUGCAAGGAGGCCGGCAUGUCGAAGUCCGGUCAGGCCUCGUUGAAGUCGAUUUGAUCGAUCUCCAUGACGAUCUUAUCGACUUCGACGACGGCCUUACCGACCUUGACUGAAGGUCUCCAAAUACUUCCUAAAGGCAUUAUUUUAGGAAGUGUUACGAGGAAGCCGGGCUUGGCGCCGAAGAGGAUCGGCUUAUUUAUUAUU